AUGAAGUCUAUCGCAAAGGAGAUUUGGGAUGCCUUGGUGAUUACUCAUGAGGGCACUAGUCAAGUAAAGGAGAACAAGAUGGAUUCCCUAAUCUAUCAAUAUGAGUUAUUCAAGAUGAAAUCAAAUGAGAUUAUAAGUCAAAUAUAUGAUAGAUUUAUAGAGAUAAUUGGUGGAAUCAAAUCCCUUGGGAAGACAUUAAAAAAUGAGGAGCUAGUAAAGAAGAUUCUUAGAAGUCUUUCUAAGGAGUGGCUAUUUAAAGUAACCUCACUCAAGGAUUCUAAAGACUUGAGCAAGGUACAACUUGAUGAACUUUUGAGAAAUCUCAUUGACUAUGAGAUGACUCUCAAAAGAAAGAGAAUAAGGAAGAUGCUCUUUCAAAAUAAGAAGUUCAUUCCAAAAAGAAACUUCAAGAAGGAUAAGGGUGAGAGUAGUAAAAGGGAUCCUCCCAUAUGCUAUGAAUGCAACAAGUCGAGUCACAUUAGAAUGGAUUGUCCCAAGUUAAAAAAGCCCUCCAAGAAGUUCAAGAAAAAGGCACUCAAAGCAACAUGGGAUGAAUCAUGUCACUCUGAAGAUGAGGAGAUUGGUGAUGAAGUUGCCAUCCUUAGCUUACUUGAUUUGAAGCUCAAGGAAGAACUUGCCAAAAUGUGCUUUAUGAUAAUGGAGGAAAGCUCUAACGAGGUAACUUUAGGUGAUGAUGUUGUUGAAUUUUUUUAUGAUGAACUUAUUAAUGCUCUUAAAAUCAUUCAUGAUGAACUUAAGUUGAGUCAUAAGAAAAAUAAACUUUUGAAAAAGGAACUAGUUAGUUUAAGGAAGGAGAAUGAGAUCUCAUCUAAGGAUGCUAGACCUUUAGAUAAUGAUAUGCAAAAAUCCUUAAAUGAGCUCUCUUUAGGAAAUGAGAAGUUAAGAAAUGAAAUUGUUAAGUUAAAAACUUCUCUUUCCAAAUUUGCUAAAGGGAAGGAUAAACUUGAUGUAAUUUUGGCCUCUCAAAGGUCUUUUAGCAUCAAGUAUGGACUUGGCUAUAGCAAAUUUGCCCAAGUGUGGUUGAAAUCCUCGAAGUUUGAGAGUAAAUGGUACUUAGAUAGUGGAUGUUCAAGAAGGCCUGCACAUGCUAGCAUGGAUCUUCUUACAAACUUGAACAAGGAUGAGAUAGUUGAUAGGCUUCCAAAGAUUAAGUUUCAAAAGAACAAUGUGUGUGAUGCAUCUUCUUGGGGUAUAUCUAAUAAAGCAUAUAGAGUCUUCAACAAGAAAAUCUUAGUUGUUAAGGAGUCAAUGCAUGUUGUAUUUGAUGAAGGUAAUCCCUUUGGUCCUAGAAAGAAUGUUUCUUGUAAUGAUGAUGUUGUAGGUGACUUUGAUGACUUAGCCCUUGAAGAUCCUCAAUCUAGUAAAGAUCAAGAUCAACUCAAGGAAGAUCCAUUGAAGGCUUUAGGAGAUGAUGAGGUUGAGCUUCAAGAGUAA